AUGGACAUUGAGUGCAGACAUCGAGUGCUGAGCGAUGUCUUCGUCUUCAGUGUGCGGACUCUCACCACUCACUCAGCGGUGAAUCACAUGAAGACAUCCUCUCAGAGAAGACACGCCGAGACACAGACCGCGUCCUCCGAGACCAUUGAGAUCAGCGAUAAUUGUGUGAAACAAGUGAAGAAAGUGAUGGAUAAGAGCGAAGACAUGUUAAGAGUGGAAGUGUUUAGCGGUGGCUGUUCUGGUCUUCAGUACCGCUUCGAUAUGACCGACAAAACCACUGCCGAAGACGUGGUGUUCUCGAGGAAUGGCGUGAAAGUGGUGGUCGACAGGGAGUCGCUGUCGUACAUGAAGGGAUCAACUGUGGACUACAGCAGUGAACUGAUCCGCAGUGCCUUCCGAGUGGUGGACAACCCUCUGUCACAACAGGGCUGCUCUUGUGGCGCAUCCUUUGCCCUCAAAGUCGACAAUGGAUUCAAACUCAAGACUUAG